UCGGCCGGCGGGGCUGCGGCCGGGUGCGGGGGGCGGGUGCGUUGGUCAUGUUUACCUUCGGGCCCGGUAGUCCCGAAGGGGAUGGGACGGCCGGAACCGGGGCUGAGGAGCCGGCACCCCGUGCGGGGCAGGCGGCAGCCGCCGGGCCGCUCCUUUCCGCGUCCGCGCCGCCGCAGCCCGGGGCUGACGCAGCCCCUCCCCCGUCGCCCUCCCGGAGCCCUCGUCGCCCCGGCGCCCCCUCGCUGCCCCUGGUCGCGCGCGCGGGGGAGCUCAGGCCGCCCGGAGCUCUAGACUCCUUAGCCGCUUCCGCUCAGGGAGAGCCGUCACCGCCCUCCCCGCCGCGCCGGCGACCCGGGCCAGACUGCAGGGCGGGGAGCCGGGGCCGCCACGGCCUCGGCGCCGGCCUGGGCGGCCCCGGCGCCCGGCUGUUCGGGUGGCUGAGAGAGCGCAGCCUGGGCCGCGGGCUGUUCGUGGACCCGGCGCGGGACAAUUUCCGCACCAUGACUAACCUGUAUGGUUCCAUCCAUCCCGCGGACUCGGUGUAUCUCAGCACCCGCACCCACGGCGCGGUCUUCAACCUCGAGUACUCGCCCGACGGGUCAGUGCUGACUGUUGCUUGUGAACAGACUGAAGUUCUGCUUUUUGACCCUAUAUCUUCAAAGCACAUAAAAACACUUUCUGAAGCUCAUGAAGAUUGUGUAAAUAAUAUCAGAUUUCUUGAUAACCGGCUGUUUGCUACCUGCUCUGAUGACACUACAAUAGCACUAUGGGAUCUGAGAAAACUGAACACCAAAGUAUGCACUUUACAUGGUCACACUAGCUGGGUGAAGAACAUCGAAUAUGAUACUAAUACGAGACUCUUAGUAACAUCAGGAUUUGAUGGAAAUGUCAUUAUUUGGGACACCAACAGGUGUACAGAAGAUGGGUGUCCACAUAAGAAAUUCUUUCACACACGUUUUCUCAUGCGAAUGAGAUUAACACCAGAUUGUUCCAAAAUGUUGAUCUCCACGUCCUCUGGAUAUCUUUUGAUUUUGCAUGAUCUUGACUUAACCAAGUCUUUAGAAGUAGGCAGCUAUCCCAUUUUGAGAGCAAGAAGAACUACAUCAAGUUCAGAUCUGACUACUUCAUCAAGUUCAUCUGGUCCUCGAGUUUCUGGUUCACCUUGUCAUCCCAGUGAUUCUAACUCAUCUUCUGAGAAACACAUGUCACGAGCCUCACAAAGAGAAGGAGUUUCACCACGAAAUAGUCUUGAAGUCUUAACUCCUGAAGUUCCUGGUGAGAGAGACCGUGGAAACUGCAUCACGUCCUUACAGCUGCACCCAAAAGGCUGGGCCGCUCUCCUUCGGUGCUCAAGCAACACCGAUGAUCAGGAGUGGACUUGUGUCUAUGAAUUCCAAGAAGGAGCUCCCGUGCGACCUGUCUCACCUCGCUGUUCUCUACGAUUAACUCAUUACAUUGAAGAAGCCAAUGUAGGCAGGGGUUAUAUCAAAGAACUUUGCUUCAGCCCUGAUGGGCGAAUGAUCUCUUCCCCACAUGGCUACGGGAUUCGCUUGUUGGGAUUUGACAAACAGUGCAGUGAACUUAUAGACUGUUUGCCCAAAGAAGCCAGUCCUCUGCGGGUGAUCCGUUCUCUGUACUCUCAUAAUGAUGUGGUACUGACGACAAAGUUCUCUCCAACACAUUGUCAGAUUGCCUCAGGGUGCCUUAGUGGACGGGUUUCUUUGUAUCAGCCAAAGUUUUAGGCACAACUUAACAUCAAAUAAGGAACUCUUCUGGUGUUUGACUUAAAAAUUACUUCAAUUUAGGUGAAGUAUUUCCUUUUUAGAAGAUCUUAAAAGUUUGGGUCAAGAUCCCAGUUCUUAUGGGUCCACGAACACACCUGUGACCUGAGGACUUGGCCGUCCGGCAUCAUAGGAGCCUCACCAAGUUAGACUCGACGCAGCAGCAGUUUUUGCCGCAUUCCUCUGCUCCUGCUCAUCUGUGCCACCGGAACUUCAGUUCUUCUGGUUAUUUUGCAUGGUAGCUCUUGUCAAGUUUCUUUUCUUCUUUUUUGAUUUCAGUGUGAAUUUUGUGGACGUCUGGCAGGAGUUUUGGCUGGGUUAGGAGAAACCCGUGACACUGGUACUAAAUAAAACCCAGAAGUUCGAUGGCAGCAUACUGGUCAUUGUAAAAGAAAUUUCAUCUUCACUUAUCAGUAUACCUGGCCUUUUAAAGUUGCUGUUACGUUUCUCUGUGAUGAGCACAGUUAAUGGCAUUAUUCUCAUAACUGUCAGUCUUACAACAAAAAUGUCUUUUAAGUUUCCUGUUAAAAUUAUACGUAUUUUUUCACCGUGAGGGGAAUUUUCUUGUAAAACUCUAGAAAAAAUAAUUACCACCUCUCUUUGUAAUUUACUUGUAUGAAUUUAAAAAUCUCUAGCAUGUGUCCUUAUUUGGUAUUUUGUUCCUGUCAACAGCAUUUAGAAAGGAAAAGAGGAGAAGGAAUGGGCUUUGAUCCUUUCUCUUAUAUAGAAGAGGAUUAAGUUAGUACACUAUCUAGUCAGAGUGAUGAGAACAAUGUGGCUUAGUAUCUGUUUUCUCUGCCAGACUAUUUGAUUCACACAGGGUGCCGUGUUACGGUGUUAGGGUGGAGGGGGGACUGAGAGUAAAGAGGUUGUGUUUUCCUCAUCUUUACUCCUUGAGCCAGGUGGCACAAACUCGACCCUUAGCAUUAGGGAGGGCAGAACUGCAGUCCUGUUUAAGGCGUGACCUAACUACAGUAGUCAGCGACUUGGAUGUCAAGACAAAGAGCUGACGUGAAGACCUCUUGUAUUUUGUUAUGGAACACGGCAAGUAAAAAACAUCAAGAGGGGUCAGUCACAGGGCUGACUGGCCUGCUGAAGUAAAGCAGCUUUCUUCUAGUCUCCACUUGAAAUGGUAUUAUAUUUAAUAAGGGAUCCACCAGAGGCUGGAGUAAUUUAAGCCACAUGCUAGCUCGUUCCCUCUCAGAUCACAUUCUCUUAGGCCAGUGGUUCUCAAAUAUUAGGGUGCAUUACAAUCAUUGGGGAGCUUGUGGAAAACACAGAAACCUGGCCCUCACCUUAGGAGGUUCUGAUUCAGCCAGGGAGAAGACAGGAAUCUAUUUUUAAUAGGAACCUCAAGGGAUCUUUACUCAGGUGGUCCCUGGAUGAGUUUAAAAAACACUACCUUAAACAUCAGUAAGUAUUUCUGUACCUAUUAGGUGCUUAACUCCCAGAAGGUGUUUUAAUUAUUAAAAAAAAAAAACUUAAGUAAAUGAAAUCCAUUUUAGAGGUAGAAAAUGUAACCAAUCUCAUUAUCUGAUGAAUGAGACAAGUGACUUGCCUAAAGUCAUCUUACAAAAUUAGCAGCAGAGCCAGAACUGGAAUUCAAGUCUCCUAAUUCCUUGCUCAGGGCAAUUUCUAAUGUAUUAUGCUGGCUGUUAAAACAAUGAUUUAUUUAUGAACACUUUAUCUUGUCUUUAAGUUGUAUUAUUGUGACUACCCUUAAACUGGCUGAGAGAUUGAAAAAGGCAUGGGAUUAGAUGCUCAGAAUUCCAGCCCUAAGAAGAAAAGGAUCUUAAAUCUUAUAGAAAUGUUUAAGCAACCCAAAUACAUGAAUAAAAAUGACAUCUUUGUACAACCUACCAGACAGCCAUUCACACACACAUGCAGAGGUUACAUCUCACUUGGAACAAUCUUGGCUCUAGGACAAAUUUUAAAAAUUAGAUCAUUUUACCAUGGAUGUUAAAAAGAAUUGGAAAUUUUUUAGCCGUCAAGAAUACUACCACAAAAUAUAAUGAAAACACAGGUUUGCCAUAAUUUUUUUUUAAAAACCCACAUAUUUAAAGGAAAAUAAAGUUUCGGAGGCAAAAGCACCCAAUCUUAACAUUCAAAAUAAGCUAAGUACAAUAAUUAUAUUGAUCAAAGGGGAUGCAAUAUAUGGAACCUUUUUUUAGAGAGUUGCAUGUCAGAUGCUGGGCCCACGUGUCACCCAACUCCCGAAUUUCAGUCCAUGAUUCUUCAACCAUUAGAGAGUUUCUAUGGUGUCAAAUAAUCUACACACUUUACUACUAACCCUCACAAAGUACCUUGCAAGGUAGGUGACAUGAGUGCCAAUUUACUUUGGAGGAAAUGGAGGUUCUGAAAGGUUUUUUUUUUUUGAGGUUCUGAAAGGUUAAGUGAUUUGCCGGAAGUCACAGAGCGGGCACCGGGGGGAGGGCAACACUGGGAUUCAAACCUAGCUGUUUUAGUCCAAAGCCUGUGUGCUUACUACUCUACCACUUUGCCCUUUUGUUUAUACAGGAUGGGAAACUGGCCUGUUAAUUUGUUUAGCAUCCUCUGUAAAUUCUUUAUUACAGAGCUGGCUUACCUUCUGCACCAUGCAAGAGAACAUUUGUAAGGCUGAAAAUUUCCAUUAGAAUUAGUACCAUAAACUGCAGGGCAUACAUACAGUCCAUUCCUAACUAAAAGACUUCGAGCAGGAUAAGUAGCUGUAAAGUAAAGAAAAAUGUGGGAUAAACAGCUUUGUUAUAAAAACAGAGCCACACAGAUGAGAAUUAAAAAUUAGCAAACUCAACAAAACCACCUUUGUCCUCUUUUUGAGGUACGGCCGUGAUCAAAACAUCAUGGGGGGAUAUUAAUCCAGGAAUUACAGGGCAUCAGGAAUGUUAGACUCUUGGAGGAAACUGCAUCUUACAAUUUCAAGGUCUCAUUUCACUUAAGAGCAUAAAAUCUAAUCUGGUGUUUUUUUUACUCUAAAUUUUAUUUAGUCAUUUUUAUUCAUGAUAAUUGGUGAAUGUAUUAUAAAUGGUAAUGUGGUAUAGUUGUUGGUAGAUGUUGUAUAAAUUAUACUUGUUUUAAAAAGCUUUCUACAGGGACGCCUGGCUGGCUCAGUCAGUAGAGCAUGCAACUCUCGAUCUUGGGGUCAUGAGUUUGAGCCCCACCUUGAGGGGUAGAUUGUACUUAGAAGAAAUCUUGAAAAAGCUUUCUACAGAAAUGCUAUGUUAAGUAAGUUUAGGAACAUCACAUAUUUAGUAGUUCCUUAUCUUUAAUUGUGAAAACAAAGUGGCUAAAGCAGACAAGACCUCUUAAUCUUUUGAAAAUGUAUGUGAUCUUUGUUCUCAGAAGCCCAAAGAACAUGUGUAUUUUGUUAUUUCUCCUUGUUACAUCCAAGAUGAGGCUAUACCAAAAAUUUUAGGAAAACAAGGAUAAUGUUCCCAACUCCUGUCUAGAACCACGAUCACAUCAUAUCAUGGUUAAAGUUUAGUUUUCUAGAAAGUGCAACAUAGGAAAAACACUCUGAGAAUCUUAGAAGCCUAGUGUUUCCCAUAUUAGUCAGAAUAUAUGGUACUGGCAUCCAUAAGUAUCUGUUAAAGCUUGUGUUUAGCAGGAGAAAUAGUCUGAUAACACUGAUGACAAUCAUCCCUAUUUAACCAGCAGCAAAAAAUAAUAAAUAAAUAAAUAAAUAAAUUAAUUAAAUAAUUAAAAAAAUGACCAGCAGCCACGGAGAGCUACGAAAAUUCACUCAGUAAUAGCCAGUGUUGGUCAUGGAAGAAAGCAUAUAAAUUUUUGGAUAACUAACGCAUAUCUCUUAAGUGCCAAAAUUUAAAACUUGUAAAUUAUUUUUAAUGCAAGUCUUUCAGAUAUGUUAGUAUACCUCCCUGCCUUCUUAAACAGCAUGCUUGGUAAAAUACAGUUUUUCGUGAUGAAAAGUAAAAGUUAUAUUCAUGUGUUAUUACAAAUACCCAAUGAGCUCUGAUGUAUGUAAAAUACUUCAUAAACUGUAAAGGGCUAUAACAAAUAUGAGUUAAUAUCAAUUAUUAUAAAGUGAUUCCCUCAGCCCUGAGGUAUAUAUAAUCAUUUGCCUCAGGUUGCUCGGAUUUGGGGAUUUUUUUUAUUUAAAAAUUUUUCUAUCUGCUAAGUAGUCUGUUCGGUCUCCUACCACAGUAUCCACAUGCCUGCCUCUAACAGGCUCGCUAUCAUGCGUGCUGUGUUCAUCUGUUAUGAGCUGGGACAUGAGAUAACCAAGCCUGCUUAGUGUCUAAAGAGCUGCACAAGCCCUGCGUGCAGUCUCUGAAACCACUGGCUUCCUGACAGGUUCACAGUAACCAUCUGGAUAAUAGAAGUACCCCGGUAAAGCCUAGGCUAGUGAGUUUUUCAGUUGCCGCUAAGUAAAAUACUAUAGACGAAGGAUGCUGCUAGAUUAAGGAAUAAACAGCAAUGUACCAAAGUAUAGCCAAGUAACAACAAAGGCUCUAUUUGCACAGGGAUCCUUCAUGCUUUAAAAAAAAAAAAAAAAAAGAAUCCAGGGGGGAAAAACAAUGAAAAUAAAAUCCAGAUAGACUUGAGUAUUUUUGACGCCAUUAAACUUGGUUAAUAGCCAUUAAGAUACAUGUUUAAAUUAUCACACAUUGUGACAAAGCCAGUUUUAGUCUCACUGCAGAAGAUCAUACCAAAAUUUAUACCCCAAGAAUUUCUCCCAUUCAAAUGACAACAGAAAUUAUCAAAAGGAAAGUCUCAAAUUUACCUGUAUGCUGCUUUAGUUGUAAAUGAAUAAAUAAUGGAAAUAUGGGAUUUAUCAAAACCUCCAAGGAACACAUCUCCCAUAUGCACACCUCGUCUAUGUAUGUGUAUAUUAAUGUUACUACAAAAUGAAAUGUCAUCCAGAGACAAUAAAAUAACUUUAAAAUUUAA